CAGAGAAGAGCAUAACAUUAGCAAGCUCUGUGGUUUGCUCUCUGCAACUUCCGGCCAAUCGUCCUGCGAACUCGACAGGAAAGAGGCGCCUCCGCCGCCGUUCCUUUUUCCAUCCGGUAUUUCGAAUUGCACAUCUUGUUAAUUACCACCUAAAUUCAGUUACUCAAGAAAAUUAAUUUUUCUCCAUAAGCUUUAAGAAUUAGCCGGUUUUCAAUCUGAUAGAAAUGAAGAGAGUUUGUGCAUAUAUAUUUUCUGUCAAAAGAAAUCAUACUCUUCCUUGUUGUUCUUAUACUUCUUUGUGCAGUACGAUUAUAUAUAGAAAUGUGAAUUUAUCUUUUUCUCAUACUCCAAAAAUCAAGCUGUUUCCUGGAUUAUCUUGUUUAAAUUUGCCAAAUUCAGCACUUCUCUUAGGUUUGUCUACUUCUUUUACUGCCAGUCGCUCUUAUUGUUCUAUGACUGCUUCACAAGAAUUUGAUACGAGAGUUGAUGUUAGAGAUAGUUAUGCUGAUAAAGUUUAUGCAACUAUAAUGGAUAGCUCUAUUGAUAUGGAAAAAGCCCUUAACCAGCUUCGGUUAGAAUUAACUACUGAUUUGGUAGUUGAGAUACUCCGUAGGCUUCAUUUGGAGGAAAAAAUUGCUUUUAGGUUCUUUAUGUGGGCAGGACGUCAACAAAAUUAUGCCCAUGAACCUUGUGCAUAUAAUGAAAUGAUUGAUAUUCUCUCUAGUACGAAAUAUAAGGUGAAGCAGUUUCGAAUAGUUCGUGAUAUCCUUGAUUAUAUGAAGAGGAGUAACAAGAAUGUUGUUCCUGUUGAGAUUUUGGUUACCAUUUUGAGAAACUACACCCAAAAGUACCUGACUCAUGUUCAGAAAUUUGCCAAGAAGAAGAAGAUAAGGGUUAAGACACAGCCAGAAAUAAAUGCUUUUAACUUGCUAUUAGAUGCUUUAUGCAAGUGUUGUCUGGUUGAAGAUGCUGAAGCAAUGUUUAAAAGGAUGAAGAACAUGGUGAAGCCUGAUGCUAAUACAUAUAACAUAUUGUUUUUUGGAUGGUGUAGAGUUAAGAACCCAACUAAAGGAAUGAAGGUUUUGGAGGAAAUGAUCCAACUAGGUCAUACACCUGAUAAUUUUACAUACAUUGCUGCCAUUGAUACAUACUGUAGAAUAGGGAUGGUGACAGAGGCAGCUAAACUUUUUGAGUUUAUGAGAACCCAAGGUUCGACUAUUUCUGCUCCAACUGCAAAAACUUAUGCAAUCAUGAUCAUAGCACUUGCCCAGAACAAUAAAAUGGAUGAGUGCUUUAAGCUUGUGGAGGAUAUGAUAAGCAGCGGUUGCCUCCCAGAUGUUUCUACCUACGAAGAAUUGAUAGAAGGAAUGUGUUUGGCUGGAAAGAUUGAUGAAGCUUAUAGAUUUUUGCUAGAGAUGGGAAACAAAGGUUAUCCUCCUGAUAUAGUUACUUACAAUUGCUUCCUAAAGGUUCUUUGUGAAAAUAAGAUGAGUGAUGAAGCAUUGAGGCUUUAUGGUAUAAUGAUUGAGGUGGGUUGUUUGCCUAGUGUGCAGACUUAUAAUAUGUUGAUUUCCAUGUUUUUUGAGAUGGGUGAUCCCGAUGGGGCCUUUGAGACUUGGCAUGAGAUGUAUAAGAGAGACUGCCCUCAGGACGUUGAUACUUAUUCUGUGAUGAUUGAUGGGCUUUUCAGAUGCAAUAAAGUAGAGGAUGCAUGUCUCCUGAUAGAAGAUGUUGCAAAUAAGGGAAUGAAAUUGCCAUAUAAAAUGUUCGACUCCUUUCUGAUGCAGCUUUCAGCAAUUGGUGAUCUCCGAGCCAUCCACAAACUUUCAGAGCACAUGAGGAGGUUUUAUAAUCCUUCUAUGGCAAGACGUUUUGCACUAAAUGAGAAACGCAAGAGCAUGAGCUUCAGAGGGAGCAAGAAAUUAUGAAACUCUAACCUUGUUCAUAUUAAGGUGGAGCUGGUAUAAUGCUUAUAACUAAUUCAGUGACACCGAGUUAGGGGUUGCUAUCUUACACGGGUGUUCUUAUCUUAUCCGAGGAAUUCAUUGCCAGCAUUGCUAGUCUUGUUGCAUAACCAGCUUUACAAUUGAUCGAACCAAAAAUCUCCUCACCAUGAAUUCAAUGUUUCUCUUUAGCUUGCAUUGCUAAAUAGAUUGAGAUUUUCAUUGAGUUGCCAGCAUUAAUAGUCUUGUUGCUAAAUAGCUUGAAUUGCUAAUGUUGAAUUGUAGUCCACCUGUUUAAGUACGUCUGAGUGAGUGGCCUUUAUGUUUAGAUAGUCAAAAUGAUUGUGAAAAUAUUUCAUGACAAGUUCAAUUGACGAUAUUAUGCAAGAGAUCAGGUUGCUAAUUCCUUUAACUUGCUUUGUUUCCUUUCUCUAUAUUUUGUUAAAAUUAUUUUUUGAUAUAAUUCGUUACAUAAUUAUACAUUUCUAGCUGAGCCGUUGCGAAAACCAAAAUUUUUGUUGUCUAACUGAUUAAGGUACUUCUGAAUUCUGAUUUCAUUGGUUAAACUCACAAAGUCAUCUCCUUCUUGGAUUUUGCCACGAAACCCUUGGCUAAGGUUUCAAAUUAUGGUUGUUUUUUUUUUUUUGGUUAUGCUCGACUGGCAACAGUCUGUGAAUAGCACCACAUCUAUAAUGUUGAGCUAGGAGAUGAAGUUAUCCAUCUUGCCUGCAGCCCCAUUAUUACCUAAGGUAUAGAUUUUGUAUGGAACUGAUGCUUGGGACACGGUUAUAUGUUAAAACUGUUGUUAGACAGCACAAAAAUAAAGUCAAAUGCUUGGACUUGAUUGGCGCAGAGAUUUAAAUCUGUGUAACUUCCCUUUGAGCUGCUUUUCUGCAUUUUAAUAAUUAAUCUGUACAACUCUCUUUGAUUUUAUACUGAUACAUAAUGAUUAAUUUUACUGAUAAUCUCCAGUGAUGUUAGGUUACUGUAGGCAGUCAUCUUCUUGUGCCAGGAAUAAAUCUUACUGCUUUGCUCUUACCCUUUUUUUCUCUUAUCCUUCUAGGAAAGACUUUUUGUUUUUUAGAUUAUAAGCUUUAUGUAUUGCUCAGGAGACUUGUAAUACUUUGACGUCAUGUCUAUUAGAAAAAAUUGCAAUUUGUUAAAGCAUGUAACUGUUGUUAUUACGAGAGUUAUCAAGCCUUCAUUUUAACUGGCACUCAGUUGAUAAUUGCAUCGUUUGUGUAUAAAUACUAGAUGUCAUUACAAGAGUAUCCUUUGAUAUGUAAGAAACAAGCGAGGAACUUGCGUCCUGUAUUUUUCAGCUGAAACAUUUUCAUUCCAUCUCCAUGUCAAUAUUUUCAAUGCAGUGUCAAAGAGUAGACUAUUCGUUCACCAGGAUAUGGAACAACCUGCAGGUGGGAGAAGAAGUCCAGAACUGGAGGAUACAAUGUCAGAACUGUCUUCUAAUCUGAAGAAAUGCUCCAGCUCAAUUCAUGCUGCACUGAAUUGUUUCGGACCGAUAACUGGUGAUUGGUGAAACAGGUUAGUGACCAUGAACCUGAAUAUAAUAUUUUCUAAAACAUAGUCUAAGUGCAACAGUUUGGAAAGACAGGCUCUGGCUUCAGUGACUAUUAUAUGCAGGAAAUUGAGAAUGUGGAUGAUCCAUCUACUGUUUGUUCUAGAAGUCAAAGCAUCUCAUGAUAUUAAAUUCAACUUGACAUUGAAUGUCUGAUGGUUGACAAGGAGGAUGGGACAACCAUAAAGCUGGUUGAACAGUCCAUCAAUAGCAGAAUAAGUGUUUGUAAAGGUCAGAGAGAACAGUACAUAUUUUUUAAAUGCUUUUGUGAAUUAAUUAUGUGUCAAUGAAAUUUAAAAAUCAAUUGUUAUUUUAUC